GCUGUGACUGUGUAUCACUUCAGAUGCUCAGAUAGAAUUUAAAAAAUCUGCGCUCCUCCGCCUUGUCACCGGCGUUGCGCGCAUUUUCUCCCUCUCCUCUCCCGCAGCAUGGUGCUCGGACUCGGAGGCUCGGCGCCGCGUUUUCGUCGGACGGCUUGAGACGAGCCAGCAGAAAAGCUUCCAGCGCCACCUGUUCCCACCUUCAGAUACAAGAUGCAGGAGGAGGACAGCACCCAGACAGGCUCACAGCGGGCCUUCAGCGUCCUGGAUCGCCUGCUGCUCACUCACCCUGUGUGGCUGCAGCUGUCGCUCAACCAAGACUCCGCCCUGUACAUGCUGCUCAGAGAGCCUGUCGGGACCUUUUUGGUGCGCAAGUGCAGCUCCAGCCAAAGGAAGGUGCUGUGUUUGAGAGUGGCAGCCGACCGGAGUGCCUCCUCGGUUAAGGAGUGCUUCAUCUGUGAGGAGGACUCCACGUUCGCCUUGGAGAGCUCAGCACUCAGCUUUCCGGACCUGUGUCGUUUGGUGGCCUUCUACUGUAUCAGCAGAGACGUAUUGCCGUUUCCUCUUCAGCUCCCAGAGGCCAUCGCCAAGGCCACAACACACCGGCAGCUGGAAGCCAUCUCACACAUGGGACAGGAUUUCUGGAGCGCACCGAGCGCUGCGGACAUCCAAAAUGGUCCUUUGGGGUCAGUUGCGUCCACCAGCGGCGCCAAUGCCCAAAUGGCGGGAACUCCCUGUUCCCUGUUCACGCGGGGCAAACAAGGCAAGGUCUGCUUCAUCAACCCCCUGUUUCUUCAGCUGGAGGUUUGCAAGCCGCAGCACACCAACCACAGCGCCUCCAACAAGCGGCACCGCUUCAAGCGCAGCAUGCGUCUGCGGCUCUCCGAGUCCUCCAUGAAUCUGUCCCUGGAAGGCGUCGGCUCCUACUCGCCGCCGCUGUCCCUGGAGCAGCCCGGGGCGUCGGAGGGGCUGCAGAAGGCCAGCCCAAACCCACAGAGACGCGUUCACGCAGGGGCUGGAGUCCUGAGGAGAACCCCGGCUGUGUCGCCUGGCUCGGCGGAGGAAGAGGACAUGAUGGCCGUGUACGUGCCACAGACGUCCGCUGCCGCUGACGAGACGCCCAGGUUGCAGCUUGAGGCGGGAAUCGAAGGGACGGUUCUGGGCUUGGAGCGCCGUCCGGCUCCGUCACUGGCCGAGCUGGACAGCUGCAGCUCCUUCAGCAGCAUGGACGACGAGCCCGACUCGGACUCGGAGCCCGAAAGCACGGCCCAGGCCCAGACGCACUCCUUCCCCCGCCCGCCGCUCGUCCGCUCGCGAGGCCGCGGCGGCAUGCGUCGCAUGAGCGAGGCUUUCGUGUGCUUCUUCGCGCCCGACAAGCGCCUGACCCGGCUGGUGGAGGAGCUGGCCCGAGACAGGCGCUCGGUGUUCGGCGGCACGGUGCAGGACUUCCUGCAGGAACAGAGGAAGGCGCUGAAGACGCUGAGCUCCGCGUCGCCGCCUCUCGGCGUCACGUCGGCGCAGCUGCUGCAGAGCCUGCGCCUCUUCCUGUCGCAGGCAAAGUGUUGCUUGCUGGACAGCAGGGAGCUAGAGCCCCCCAUCGAAACCCUGGUGCCAGAGAACGAGAAAGACCUGGCGUUGGAGCGGGCCAUGUUCUCCUGCAUCCUCAGGCCUUUGAAGUGCCACCUGGAGAAAGCCCUGACCUCUUUCCACGGACGCGACGGCUCCACCCAGCGCCUCACUCAGAACUUGCUGCGCCUGAAAGGCACCGGCGCCAUGGAGCGGCUCGGCGUGCGGACGGGGGUCCCGGACGCCCGAGAGGUGGAGAGGGUGAAGCAGAAGCUGAUCCUGAUGCAGCGGACCCACUCGCCCAUCGAUAAAGUGCUCUUGCUGCUCCAGGUGUGCAAGUUCGUCCACAAGGCGAUGGGGACGUUACCCGGUCAGGAUGUCAGCUGGGACGAUUUCCUCCCUGCUCUGUCCUAUGUGAUCGUUGAAUGCAACAGGCCUCACCUGCUGAUCGAGGUGGAGUAUAUGAUGGAGCUGCUGGAGCCCUCAUGGCUCGGUGGAGAAGGCGGGUACUACCUGACCAGCGUCUAUGCGAGCCUGUGCCUGAUCCAGAGCCUGGAGCAGGAUCAGCCGUUCUCCGGCUGCCUGACGCCACAAGUGCAGGCAGCUCUGAAGGAGUGGAGCUGCAGACGGACCCUGGAGGCCCAGAAACAAAAGGAAACCCAGCAGAGCCAAAGGUGCGUUCGGAUACUGUUCCAGGACGGGGAGCGGAGCGCCGUGCGGACGUUACAGUGGAGAGCCGGCGAGACCAGCCAGGCCCUGGCGCAGCUGUGCGCCUCCACCUUCGGAGUGUCCGACCCGCAGCAAUACACACUGUUCUGGCGCAGCGGCGGUGAGAUGAGGGCCCUGCCGCCCCAGGCCCAGCCCCAGGACCUGGCCAGCCACAGCGAGGGGGGGCCCUCGCUCUCCUACCUGAGGACCGACCACGACUUCAGCAAGAUGCGGCGGCUCACCAGAGGUGGUGCCGUGGACCUGAGCGAGUCGGUGUGCGAGGAGUGAGUGGGAGGCACAGAGGAAGCAGCAGGAGGAGGAGGAGGAGGAGGGGGAGAUGGGUGGAUGGUUGGUGUUUUUCCUCUGUCUCUUAUUCUCUCUCUUUGUGUCUCCUCCCUCCCGCGGUGCGCUGUGCCUCGUCACGGGUCGGGACUUUUUCGUGAAAAGUGACGGUCCUGAUCCUGAACGGACCAGAGCAAAAAGCAGAGACAACUUGCCGAAAGUUGUGCCACGCGUUGAGGCCGCUUGUGUUAAAAGGAGUGUGCUGUUUUGUGACAUGGAAAAUGUGUAAUAUAUGGAUUUGAUUGUUUUUUUUUUUUUUUUUCUGCAACAUGAACCCAGAGUUGUACCAUGAAGGGAUUACAUCAUUAAGAGACGCCGAGGCUCGAAUCCAAAGAACACAAAUUCUGUGAGACUGCUGUUGCCUGGAAACAAAAAACCACUUCCUGUACGCACUUAGGGAGGCAAAUUGUCCACCGUGGUGAUGUAACCCUUUCACGUUGUAAGUCUGGGCUAAGUCUUAAAGACACUUGGAUGUAUUAUUGCUUCACUUUCUGUGCAAAAAUCUGCAGCUGUUUCUCGGGUGGGGGAUGCGACCUUUUCUGUGGUUCCCUGAAAUGUGGCCUCGCAAAAAAACGUGAGAUGCCCCACGGCCAAGACCGAACUGCAGUACCAAAGUGACAGAACAUGCAGCAUCAGGGUUUUUGAAAGAAAUGAAAUUGGAAACCAGCUGUGCAUAACAGUCUCCCACAGAAAUGGCUUUAUGCUUGCCUGAUGGAGCGAAGGCACAGACUUCCCUCCUUGUUUUCAGUUUCUCACAGGGUUUUUUUUUUUUUUUUUUUUUUUGCUGGUGGAAUAACGAGAAAGUGGGACGAAGGUGGCAGAAAAGCUUCAGUUUUUUUUUUGUUUGUUUGUUUUUUUUAAGAUCCUCUCCAUACUAACCAGGAUAUUUUUGCCAAACUAAUAUUUUGUCUUCUUCUUUUGCAUCUCGUCGCUAGGGGAAGGUAAUAUGGACCUAAAAUUUUGUAACAAAUUUCUUAAAUUUGCCGCAAUAUUGAUAAAAGUAGUUUAAAAACAUGUUAACAUUCCUGACAGGCUUUUUGCCUCAUUCAGAGCACCAGGCAACAAUACAAGAGAACAUAGUGCUUGUGUUCAAUAAUUUAUUUAUUUGAAUAUUUUGUCGAUUAUCAACGCUCAUGCAACCAACCGUGAAAAGUAUGGUCUUGCAAAAGUUAUAAUCCGAAGCUUGCCGUCUCUUUUUGAGGUAUGCCAACAUUGGCAUUCAUUAUUUUCACCUUUCUUCACACGACAUGUUUUUCCCUUUGAUACCAAUAAAUAAAUAAGACAACAGUCCCUUCUAAUCCCAUCAUGUUUUGGGAAAACAACAGAGAAUUUGAACGUGACUCAUUAAAGUGCAGAUUUUUAAAAACUGGUCUGUGUUUGAAGUCCACUUUGCACACGUCCCUAUUUGGGUAUCUGUGCUUAAAACCAGUGGAAUAGUUUUUGAGGGAACCUUAAAAGCAAGAACUUACUCUUGCUUUUAACAAGAGAUUUGUCAAAAGCAAAAAAGAUGACUUCUUUCUUUUUCCCCCAGUUUCUUCUUCAUCGAGGCCAAACUUCUUGUCUCAUAUCAUGUCUGAUAGCAAUCAAGUGAUUGGUCAGAAAUUCACAGUUGGUAUUGUUAAUUGGGAAAAGGACAAAUGUAAAUAUGUCUACUUUUCCCAAGUGUGGAUUUCUGCAGUUGAACUCUUUGGGGGAGAAAGAUUAUUUGCUUCACAAGAAACUUCUUUCUGGUCUGGAAACUGCAUCCUCAAACUACCCGAUAAGUCAACAGCAGCAGAAGUGUUGCCUUCCAUUAGCAAGCUCCAUUUCAAAUUUCUGGCCACGUGCCGAAUUUUAGAGAAGAAGCCUUAAAGCCUGAACAUGCUCAGAGAAAUUUGUUCCCUCUCCUAGGGCUUUGGGAAAUCAAUAAUUCAAUUUCUCUGCAGCCCUGGUGUUCUUACAGCUUGUUCUCGAUGGUUUGAGCAGAAUGUUGUUUCCUACUUUGGUGACAGACAACUAUUGGUCAGAAAUUUGCAGUAGUCACUACACUUCAAUGUCUUGUGAAGAAUGAAGUGUAAACAUUGUUAUUUUUCUUUCUAAAUAUAUGAAGCGAACAAAUCUAUCGUGUCUUACAGAGACCUUCAGCCGAGCACUUCUUUAGCCAUGCUCAGAAUCUCCUUCUUUUGAUUUUUCAAAUAAUUACGUCAACAUUACUGCCACCUGCUGGUGAAAUCUCAACAUUACAGCCUUGUUAAUGGGUUAUAAAAUGGUAAUUGUUGUAGCUGGGCCAAAAUUUGAUCAGGGAGGAAAAACAAACCCAACUUGCAACAAGUUGAUCAACUUACUGACUGACUUGCGAAUGUAUUAAAUAACAUUUUUUCUGCAUUGAGUCCAUUUUUUAUUGUUUAAAUCUGCUCUGAGUUGUGUUGUUUCUCUUGGCCUAAGUGUAAGAUGAAGUAUUGUGUUCUGACAAACAAAUCAGGACCUCAUGAGGACUGCAAGAAUGUAAAUGUCCUCGUCACCAGCUUCUGGGACUCCUGCUGCAAGUCAUCAAUGCCAACAGACUGUUUGACUCUGUGUCACUUUCAAAUCUAUAUAUAUAUAGGUAUAUAUAUAUAACUAUCACAUUGUGAAUUUAAAGCUAAAUUGAAAUUGUUUGUUGUGUGGAUAUGAAAGUGCAGAUUUUCAGCAUAUCUGGAGUUUUUAAUCUGACUGAGAAGGUUUGUUUUUGAGAGCUAUGAUGUGAACAUUGUUGCAUGCUUUCUCAUUCAAUGUGAAGAUUGAUCUGUGUGUAUGCGUGUUUGGGUGUGUGCGUGUGUGUGUGUGUUUGAAGCAUGUGUUUACUGUGGGAGCUCACCAAUUCUUUUCAAUGUAAAAAAGAAGAAAAAAAACAACAACACACACUUGACUGUAUUUUGUCAGGUAAUGCAGUAUCGCAAUAAAGAUUGCAAUAUCUGUACCAGC